CUCUUGACCUCUUUCUUGACAGCGUGCCGAGAGGUGGCCUUCUUGUACGCGCUGACCUCUGCAGCAGUGACCCACACAGUGACCAGGGCGUGCACAGAGGGCACCAUCGAUUCCUGUAACUGUGACUACCGUGCCAAGGGACCCUCGGGUAUGGACUGGGAGUGGGGCGGCUGCUCAGACAACAUCGACUUCGGCAACAAGUUCGCUCGACUCUUCGUCGACGCUGGCAUGAAAGGCAGGGAUCCACGCUUCCCCAUCGACCUUCACAACAACGAAGUGGGCAGACUGCAUGUGAAGGACAACAUGAGGAAGGAGUGCAAAUGUCACGGUAUGUCUGGCUCCUGCACCGUCAAGACUUGUUGGUGGAGACUUCCCUACUUCAGAAGGGUGGGCGAUGCCCUCAAGGACCGGUUCGACGGAGCAUCUCGGGUACUGGUGAAGAACUUGGGCAGCCCGCGCACGCCCAACGACCGCCGCCCUAAUCGCAGGCGCAAGAGCAGGCGCAGGAGGAGGAAGUCGUUCAGACUCUUCCGUCCCUACAACCCUGACCACAAGCCGCCCUCCAAGAAGGACCUGGUCUACCUGGAGGAGUCUCCCGACUUCUGCGUCAGGAACCAACAACUUGGCAUCAUCGGGACGCGGGGCAGAGAGUGCAACAAGACCAGCAUAGGCGUGGAUGGUUGCGACCUCAUGUGCUGCGGUAGAGAGUACCACACACAGGUGGUGGAGGUAGAGGAGAGGUGCUCCUGCACCUUCCAAUGGUGUUGCGUCGUCAAAUGCAAGACAUGCAAGUACAUGAAGACUAUCCACACCUGCUCCUAGUGCCACACCUGCUCCUGGUGCUACGUCUGCUCCUAGAGCUGCAUCUGGUACUAGGUACCUUCCCAAGAGAUGAAGUCCUGCAUAAAAGCGCACUAUAUAUAUAUAUAUAUAUAUAUAUACACACACACGGGAGCACACUCACCAGUACAUCGCUGCAAUGUCGUGCGUGUGGACGCCUGCGGCUGCCGCAUUGAAAGAGCAGCACGCACAUGUUACCUAGACAGUGUAAACACAAGGACAGCCGUUGCUUUCAUCACAUCACUUGUAUAUACGACAAUAGCCACAAAAAGAAAGCCAAAAAGGAAUGUAAAUAAAUGACUCUCAGUUUGUAAAUAUAGAAAAAUAUAGUUUCAAAGGAGGUUUGUAAAUAUAACACGACAGCAGAAUAUCUUGAUAAAUAUUAUCGUGUUAUUUAGAGUAGCAUUCCUAACACAGUAUCAAUAUACUUUACGCAAAAAGAAGAGAAACAAUACAUUGUGAAACUACUCUGCCAAUUAGAGAGUUCUGUAGCGAGUGUAAACAAUCUUGUCUGUGCUUAACAGUUUGAAUGAACAGUUGCAACAGUCUUGCAGUUGAGAGAUGUGAAAACACAAGACUACUUUCGCCUAACAAUAUAACAGUGUUAUAUAAAAAAAAUAUGCUUUGAAAAAUACAGUUUCACUGAACACGUUUGGACGUCAGACCGACGGAGAGACAUAAGGAGCAAACCCCACCUAUUACUGUAGCUUAGAAAAUGUCCUAAUUUUUUUUUAAAUUGUACGAUUUAAUAGCCUUGUUCUAGCAGGCAUUGCGAGUGUCGUGUGCAGGUCUCCGGUGAUGUGCUGGCCAACUUGUGGUGUCAGGGGGUUAAAAUGCCCCAGGAAUUAUUAUUCGAUCUCCUGACGAUGUGUAUGUCAACAAGUUCGUGGAAGAAUGACCUUAAAUACCCCAAAGAAUAUGGUGUUGCAGAUUCUAAGGCCAUCGUGUGAGGGGGGGGGGAGGGGGAGGAAGGGGAUGUAAAGGGAAUAAGCAGUGCAGAAUUUGGGAGAUGGAAACUUAAAAUAUUUCCCGUGAGGACUCAAUAUGCGGUUUAUGCGCACCAGCUACUUGAUCAGUUCACACAGGCAAAACGUUGUCUUAAUAAAUGCGCUAAAGGUAGUGUGUGGGCCACAUUAACAUACUUCGUGAAGUAUUCCUAAAGGGUGUUCCUGAGGGUCAACGCCCCCGCGGCCCGGUCCAUGACCAGGCCUCGCGGUCCAUGACCAGGCCUCGCGGUGAAUCAGAGCCUGGUCAACUUGUUGGCAAGUUAUACCACUGUUCUACAAUCCUCCUUUAAGCCAAAAGAACUGCAGGGCGAUACGAAGACACUAGCAAAGCAAACCUUUCUUUAGGCAACGUUUCGCUCAGAGGUGAGUUUUUCCAAAUAAUGACUUACAAAAUAAAGUCUCGCUGUUACCAUGCUAAACAUGUUUUGUUUCACCUGACUUUUCGCCCAUGUUGACUGCCAUCUAAGAGAACUGGAAGCCAAAGUGACAGCAAAGAGAAAAUGUCCGAUGUUUCGCCUCUUAAAAGGAAAAGUGCCGGUCUCCAAAAAUUAAAACAGUUAAAUGAAGAGAUCCAUAAAACCGAAGGACCUGGAAGUAAAGGACCCUUAAAGUUAAAGGACCUGGAAGUAAAGGACCCUUAAAGUUGAAGGACCUGGAAGUAAAGGACCCUUAAAGUUGAAGGACCUGGAAGUAAAGGACCCUUAAAGUUGAAGGACCUGGAAGUAAAGGACCCUUAAAGUUGAAGGACCUGGAAGCAAAGGACCCCUAAAGUUGAAGAACCUGGAAGCAAAGGACCCUUAAAAUUGAAGGACCUGGAAGUAAAGGACCCCUAAAGUUGAAGGACCUGGAAGCAAAGGACCCUUAAAAUUGAUGGACCUGGAAGUAAAGGACCCCUAAAGUUGAAGGACCUAGAAGCAAAGGACCCUUAAAGUUGAAGGACCUGGAAGUAAAAUUAUUAUAAUAAAAAAGAAGUGCUAAACCACAAGGGCUAUACAGUAAAGGACCCUUAAAACUGAAGGAACUUUUAUUUCACUGUUAUAAAAAUAAUGACUUUAAAUUACUCUAAUAUACAUGGGGGAAGCGCUAAAUCCUCAAGGGUCAAAUAGUACCCUGAGAAGUGAGAGGAAAUCAGGCUUGAUCCCUUAGAUCAAGAGCCCUUCACCUCAAGGACCCCCCCCCCCUCCCCUCAAGCGACUGGAACUAGAGGUGAGAGAAAGUAACACAAAGUGUAACUGGGGGAGCUGAGAACAAGAAGGAAAACUGGGGGAGCACCUGGGGAAUGAGGGGUCAUGAGCUUUGGUCCAUAGAAGAGGAAGGAUAGCUCCGAUUCCAUAGAACGAGAGCGCUUCACCAGCGUCAAGUAACCCUUAUUCUGUUUUAUAUAUUCUAUUUUAAACUUGGAGGUCACUCUUGACCUGGGUGAAAGCGCACACUGAGGACCACCCAUCCAACUGCUGCUGGCAAUGGGUAACGGUCUUAGAUGAUAGACGCCCUCCCGUGGUGGAGGUAAGACCAGGAGGACACACUCCAUUGUGGUCCUGGUGAUGGCAGCCCUCCCGUGGUGGAGGUAAGACCAGGAGGACACACUUCAUUGUGGUCCUGGUGAUGGCAGCCCUCCCGUGGUGGAGGUAAGACCAGGAGGACACACUCCAUUGUGGUCCUGGUGAUGGCAGCCCUCCUGUGGUGGAGGUAAGACCAGGAGGACACACUCCAUUGUGGUCCUGGUGAUGGCAGCCCUCCUGUGGUGGAGGUAAGACCAGGAGGACACACUUCAUUGUGGUCCUGGUGAUGGCAGCCCUCCUGUGGUGGAGGUAAGACCAGGAGGACACACUCCAUUGUGGUCCUGGUGAUGGCAGCCCUCCUGUGGUGGAGGUAAGACCAGGAGGACACACUCCAUUGUGGUC